CGCGUUGUUUUUAGGUUACUUCCUUGAGUGAAUUGAAACGCAAUUUACGUACGUUCAGAAUCAAAAAAGCAUUUUAUGCUUAGUUUUAAAACAUUAUAUAAAAGAAUAUAAACAAAACGAUUCUUUUAUCUUAACUUACUAAAUUGAAUAUUAUUUGUUACUUAUCUCUUCUUUUAUUUAAUAAAUGCAGUGACAUUAAAUUUUAUUGAUUUUAUAUUGCCCACUUGCUCAAUGACGCAUCAGAGAUAUGAUGACCAGUUUCUAGACGGACUAAUGUCAAUUUUGCUACUUGUCCUGUCUACUUGCGUGUGCAUACAUACAAGUCGUUGUCGUGAAUUCUUUACAAUAAAUUAUUAGUAUUUUUUAAUAUAAUUGACAGGGAAACGACCCCAAGUGAUGGCUGGGAAGCUGAAUAAAUUUGAAACGCCCAGCUCUGCCAGCUCCGAUAGUGACACAGAACUCGCGCUGGAGCUGAGCGAGCAGGUGUUCCUGGAUGACGAUGACUACUCGACGAGGGCGCCCGCGUCCCCCACCACGGUCCCCAACGUGAGACCCUACAGACCUCCUUCAACAGGUUCAAAUAUCCUUAAGUCGCCUCGCGCUCGUCGCGUGCGCACCACAUCGAUGUCUCAGUCGAACAAACGUACCACGGCGGAGAGCAUACUUCAUGCUGACAGACGCACUAUAUACACCGCUGGACGACCGCCCUGGUAUAACUGCACCGGAGGGCAGGAGGUCGAGCCCUUCCUUAUUGGUAUAUGCGGUGCCAGCGCGUCGGGCAAGACGACGGUGGCCGCAAAAAUCAUAGAAUCUCUCAACAUACCAUGGGUCACCAUUGUCAGUAUGGACUCAUUCUACAAAGUACUUAACGAGAAACAGCACCAAGCGGCGACCCGCAAUGAAUACAACUUCGAUCACCCGGACGCGUUCGACAUAGAGCUGCUUAUAUCUGUGCUGCAGCGACUGAGAGAAGGCAAGAAGGUUGAGGUUCCUAUCUACAACUAUGUCACGCAUUCAAGGGAGAACAGGACUAAAACAAUGUACGGUGCAAACGUGAUCAUCUUCGAAGGUAUACUAGCGUUCUACAACGCCGAGGUCACCAAAAUGUUAGACAUGAAGGUGUUUGUGGACACGGAUGCUGACAUACGACUCGCUAGAAGACUCAGGAGAGACAUAGUGCAACGCGGCCGCGACCUGGAAGGCGUUUUAAAACAAUACAUGACGCACGUGAAGCCCGCCUACACCAGCUACAUCGCGCCCUGCAUGGCCCACGCCGACAUCAUCGUGCCCCGCGGCGGCGAGAACAAGGUCGCCAUCCACCUCAUCGUGCAGCAUGUGCAUAAGCAACUGCAGCUGCGCGGGUUCAAGGUCCGCGAGAAGCUGGCCAUCGCUCACAUCGGGCAGCCCGUGCCCGACUCGCUCUACGUGCUUAAGGAAACGCCACAGGUACAAGGGCUCCACACGUUCAUCCGCAACAAGGACACUCCUCGCGACGAGUUCAUCUUCUACUCCAAGCGCCUGAUGCGGCUCGUCAUCGAGUUCGCGCUGUCGCUGCUGCCAUACUCCGACCAUGUCGUCGACACGCCGCAGGGGUUCGGCUAUAAAGGUCGUAAAUGCGACGUGGAGAAGAUCUGCGGCGUGUCCAUCCUCCGCGCCGGCGAGACCAUGGAGCAAGCCGUCUGCGACAUCUGCAAGGACAUCCGCAUCGGCAAGAUACUCAUACAGACCAACCAGCAGACUGACGAGCCUGAGCUGUACUACCUCCGUCUCCCAAAAGACAUAAAAGACUACCGCGUGAUCCUGAUGGACGCGACGGUGGCGACCGGCGCCGCCGCCAUCAUGGCCAUCCGCGUGCUGCUCGACCACGACGUGCCCGAGCAGCGCAUCAGCCUCGUGUCGCUGCUCAUGGCCGACAUCGGCGUGCACUCCAUCGCCUACGCCUUCCCGCAGGUAAAAAUCGUAACAUCAGCACUAGACCCGGAAAUCAACGAGAAGUUCUACGUGCUUCCAGGUAUCGGUAACUUUGGUGAUCGCUACUUCGGCACCGAACCCGCUGACGACGAGUGAAACCGCGCGACUAACUUGUAUGUCGUCCAAGAGAAAUACAAGUAAGUUUACUGCACUGUGGUAUCGUUUUUAUUUUGACAUCACCCUUUUUUAAAGUUGAGUAAAAUGUAUUAGGUAAUAAAACCAGUACCACACUGGUUUUAUUACCUAAUACAUAACAGUUCUUGGAGUUGUAAAAAUUUCAUGUAGAGAUAAAUAUUUUUAUGAUUUGUACAUAUAUUUGUCUCGUUUUUAAUUUAAUUACCUGAAAAUUGACCUAUUUGCUUUUGCUGGUACCACAGUGCAAUUAUUUAGUCCCAAAAAAGCCACUGGAGUGAAAGAGAUAUUUAUUAUAAUAAUGUUAGGAGCCACGUUGAAGACAAUUAACAUCUUCUGUAAGGCUUCUUAUACUUAUCCUGCUAAAUUCGUGAACAAAUGACGCGUAGACAUUUGUAUCAAAAAUAAUUAAAAAUCGACAAAAAAAUAUGCAUCGCAUAUGCACACAGAAUAGUUAAUAAAUGGAGUACUCAAAAAAAUCAAACGAGACACGAUCCGCAAUCACGACUCGUGAUUGGUUGACGGCAAACAUCGCGUCAUAUAUCUAAGCUCUGAUUGAUCGUUGCGUUACUUCAUUUGUUAGCUCAUCUGUGACUUGUAAUUAUAGUGAAAUAUAAUCGUGGACUGGCCCAAAAUGUAUUUAUUUAAUAUUCGUAACAUUUACACAAUUGUACGUAAGUUCGGCAUCUUGCUAUGGAAGUUGUGACAAAGUUUUUAGUACCUCAAGUGUAUUCCCGUCCAAUAGGAAUAUAGAACACUGCCAUAUAACAAUUUUAGACAUUGACAUGUGAAAAUGAAUUUUAUAUCGCACGAUAUAAAGUAUAAUAUAGUUUGAUGUAGACUGUUGAUGCAGUAGAAAUGCAACUAAAUGUGAUUCACCAGAAAGUGCACGAAAAAAUGCUUAGAAAUAUGGUGACAAAUACACAAAUAGAGCUAAAGUAUUGUAAGGUAUAAGAAUAAGUACUUAAUUUUGUCAAUAUCACAUAUUUUCAUACGAAAUUGUUACAUGACAAUUAAUUUCAAGUGGUUCAAAUAAAUAAAUGCAACCUGCAAUAUGCCUUAUAAUAGUAACGUAAGUUUUGUCAUAAAAUAAAAGUGCCAGCAUAUAAUUCAAUGAAACUUAAAUAAAUGUUGCCAGAAUUUGACGUGAAAAACUACUAAUAUAGUAAUAAAAAUUAUCCCAAGUGUGUGUAGUCUAGGUGAAUAGAAAUACAAUUAUAUCCAAUUCUAUGUGACUUACCUCGAAAUACUCAAACGUUACUUAACUUGUAGGUCUUACUUAUUUCCUUUUUCUGUCGCUUCAACUUAAUGUAAGUAUGACAUUGACAGAAUGAUUUUUAAGUAGAACUUAGUCGAGUGACGUUUCAGUAUUCGGCGGUAAAUAAAUAAAUAGUACCAGUAGCAUUAAAUACGUAUACACGGAGGAACUAAAGACAAAUCUUAGCGAUUGUAGAAAUAUCUAUCUAGUCCAUACUAACGUAAAAGUCGCGUAGAUCUCCACGCUUAGACGUAUAACGUAACCUAAAACGUAAAUUUAAAUUAAACGUGAAUUUCUUGUUGACAUGGGGGAUAUGAAAAAGUAAAUAAAUCUUUGAAUAAAAAAUAUGAAAAACUCCUUUGAAAAAAAAAAAACAUUUUUUAAUUAUCUUCAGAAACAGCAACAAAUACUUUUAUUUUAUUUCCCCUUUGCACAACCCAUGUCGAAGACACAACGUAAUAUUUAUUAUAAUGUACUUACAAAAAAAGUUGACAAAACAGUCACGGCUUGGCUCCUGCAAGCUUAAGUCACAAAACAUCGCUUAGCCAAAGAAUAGUUCCUAGAACGAACUAAAACGUAAUGUAGGAAACUAAUUAUCUAAUGCCUUUUGGGGGCACCACUGAGACUCACACUUAUCGCAUCAUUAUCGGCUUUUUUAUCGUCCUACUGCUGGGCACCUCCUCUCUCAUAGAGAAGGAUUGAGCGUUAAUCACCACGCUCGCUCAAUGCGGAUUGGCUCGCUAAUUGUAAUAAUGUAAUAUUUCCCUCUUUCUAGUUUACAAUUUUGUAACGGUUCAUAUUUGAGAGCAUACAAAAAAAAUCUACCAAAAAACCAUGUAACUUUCUUAAGAUAUGGUCUCAAGAUUGAACCAUUGGUAAUAUAAAAUUGUAGUUCAUAUCAGUUGUAAGCUCCCAAAAGGCACAAACGGAUUUGUGUUAACAUCAGACUUCCAUAGUAACUUGCCCAAUCGGCUGAUAUUUAGACUGGUAUACUAAAUCGAAUUAUACUGACAGACAGUGAUUUUAGAAGGGAAUUAAAUCCAUGAUUUUUGCCUUAUACAAACAGCUUUGCCAUGGAGUUGGCAAACACUCCUAAAACUUAAUAUGUGAAUGAAAGUUAAUAUGAAGAAAACGUAUUUUUUAUGUAUAAAAAAUCUUCUAAUUCCCUUUUAAAUAAGUCUGUCGUUACUUAUUAAAAUCAAUUAAUGCUUUUAAUUUAAAUUGUGAUUGCUUAAAAUAUCAUUAUAAUGAAUCCAUCGAUGUAAUUAUUAUUCUUCAUAUAAAUAUAUACAUUUUCGUAAUCUGCUUUCUACUUGAGUAUAAUGUAAAAUUGUGUAGAUUUUAAUAAGCUGCGCACAUUUCAGUUUUCUUAAAGAAUUCUUGAUGUAUUUAUAAUUGAAUUUAGUAGUCGAUGUUUUAGUCAUUUCUGUCUUAAAUUUAGCAUAAUAUUAUUAUCUCGUAAUAGUAGUAGUUUGCAAAAGUUAUUUUUUUUAAUAACGCGAGGUUUUAUGUCAUGUACUGAAGUUUUUUCUGUUACAAAAAUAGGUAUGAUUUUUUUCUUGUUGAGCUACCUCGCGCCAAAAUAUGUACAAUACGUAGUUCCAAGAGACUUUUUGUCUUUUUCAUUCCUAUCUUUUAUUUUAUUAUUAUGUACUGCCAUUUUCUUUCUUCAGUAUUAGGAUAUUUUUGCGGUUUUUCUACGAACUAUAUCUGAAAAACGUUUUUAUAUGUAUAUAUUAGAGGAAUUGGCAUUUUAUUUAAAAAAUAGGAGACCUCGCUUCGUGGAAUGAAAAUCAUGAUAUUAUUUAGUUUAAUUUUAAUAUUUAUUUGACGGUAUUCGUGUACUGUGUAGUUGUAAGCUUUAGUUAGUAAAUUUUGACACUUAAUGAAUGUGCUUAAUUUUUUUUACGUUUCUUGGCGACAGUUUUUUUUUAGUUGUUUUUAGUAAGGUAUUUGCAUUAUUAGAAUCGUAUUUAAAAGUCACAUGUAGAAAGAUUUUUGUCACUUCAAAAACUAAUGUUGCAAAGAUGUAAAAAUAUUUUUACAUGUGACUGUACUUUUAGUAAAUCACGUAUUUUGUAAUAACAAACCGCCAAGUAAUGAUUUGAAUAAUAGCCGCUGUCGGCUUUCCUUAAAUAUAUUUAUAUUAUGACUCGAAUUGAAACGCUUACAAGGCAAUACUUUGUAUCCAGACAAAAUAUCAAAUAUAUGACAUGCUUCCAAACUCUGGCUGUUUGAACGCAAUACAACUAGAAACUGACUUCGUAAACAGUAAAAUAUAUUGUGAUAAUAAUAUUCUAAAAUGUUUUAUAAUACAAAUAUUAAUCAUUAUGCAUUUAAAGAUAAUAUCCAACUUUUCUUUCAACAGAAGUUGUCAGCGUUCAAAUGAUCAAGAAAAAUAUAUUAUCUCAAUAAUAAAAUUAUUUACACAAUAUACAUAAAUGCACAAUAAUGUGUACAAUAUACAUAAUUUGUAUCUAGCUAAUGUAUAAAUGUAAGUCGCUGUGAAUAUUAAAUCGAAGAAAAAAAACAAAAAAAAAACAAGAAAUAAUCUGAAAAUAAUGAUGCGAAUAAUGAAAUAAAACAGAUUGAAAUAUU